AUGCUUUCCAUCAGAUCUUUGGACAAAAUUGUUUUGAUAAUUGUCCUCUGCAAUUUACACACAGAGGCGAGACCAAUGAGGUAGGUUGACCAACUUAACUGUCAAAAUGUAAUUUUGUGUAUUGCAUUUCAUACCAUGGUUUAUUUCUCAAUGGCAUUUCAUUGCUUUGUUGUAUCUUGUAUUCUAAGUCACCUCGAUCUAAUUGGGUUGCAAUGGUUAUUCUCUGGCCAACAGAAAGAGGUCCAUCAGUGAGGUCCAGCUCAUGCACAACGUGGGAGUACACAAGCAGGUCGGGGAGAGACAAGACUGGCUUCAGCUGAAGUUAAAGGAUAUAAUUGCAGCCUCACACGCCAAAGCACAACAACAUGGACAAUCAGGGAAGAUCCGGAGUCUGCUUCCUGAUGAUCUCACAGGACUGGGCCUGUAUACAAGUUAA